GCACCGGAGGAGUCAGAGGAGGAGAAUACCUGGGCUGUCGGCACAGCAGCAAAUACCGACAGCCCCACAAAACAAGCCGAGGAGGGAGAGUGUCCGGUAGCAGCGGCAGCCUGUUAACACGGCAUUCCAUGCAGACCACAUUUGAAGUCACAGACUCUUUCCUACAACUACAAAAGAGAAAACGAUUUUACUGAGACUAGUGUCCACAUUAUUGACACAAUGAGCUGCAGCAGUGUUACAGGAUCAGAGUUCUCAGAGGAAGAGCUGGAGCUUACUGCACUGGACCAAGGAGAGGACGAGGGAAGUCCCAAGGCAUCUUUUCAAGACUGCGAGAGCUCAGCCAGCAGCCCAAGCGACCCAGAGGAAGGCCAGACCAAGAAGCGCAAUCGACCCGUCCGCUCAAAAGCUCGUAGAAUGGCCGCCAACGUCCGCGAGCGAAAACGAAUCAUGGACUACAACCAGGCCUUCAAUGCCCUACGUGUUGCUCUGAACCAUGACCUCAGCGGCAAACGGCUUUCCAAGAUUGCCACACUGCAGAGGGCCAUCAACCGCAUCUCUGCUCUCUCAGUAUUCCUGAGCUCCAACCCCCCCGGCAAGCCCUGCACCCACCGGGAGUGCAACAGGUCAUCUGUGGGGCCAGCCACGAUGGGGACAUCUGGACUCGAGCAGACCAGGGUACCAGUUCCUCGACUGGAGCACCAGAGCUACAUCCCCUGGCACGCGUCCAUCUCUCACCAGAUGCAUCCACAACAAGGGCCUCAUGUGCACAGGCUGCCCACGGAGCCACACGUCUACAUGGAUAACACUGUGACAUCAUGUCCCCCGUCGCCACACUACCCUUGUUAUCCCACUGAGGGACAGCUUUAUGCCUCACAUGGACACUGCGGCAGCCCCCAUGACCAUCCGCCCAGUCCUUUGCGAUACCCUCAGGUGGGUGAGGGGUUGGGGUACCAGCCAGGGAUGUGGGCCUCCUGCACUCAGAGAUACAUGGACACUUUUGUGGAGCCUACUCCAGCUCUUGGGCUUCCCUGGCAAGUAAGCUACCCACAGGAGCCGGAGCACAACCUUUCUCUAUGCUCUGACGUACUGUAACAGGGUACAUCCGGCACUGUGAGCCCUGAAGACUGCUGAUAACGCCAGUGGACUGUUGAAUACCCUCAGGGAGAAAACCGCUUUUGUGUUUCUGCUGUUGCAAUCAACUCAGUAUUACAAUAAAACUCUAUCCUAUUUUAGAGCAGAGUCGCCGUAAUGUAAUUAACAGAUGUAUAAAAAAAAGUGCAAUGGCAAUCAAGACUGCAGAAUGUUGUAUAUAUACCAGGAAAUGUAUUUUAAUCUCACAUUUCAAAAGUGCACCCACAGAAUUGUGUUCUAGUUGUUCAACUGUCAUCUUCUGGCCUUCAAAGCUGAAUUAUUACAAAUGAUGUUACAUUACUUAACGUUAUUAAAAGGAAACAUAAAUACCUACAGUUAAGCAAUUAGUAUAGAUAGGACAGCUUACACACGUGCUAUACUGUUAUGAAACUUGUUCUUACUGUUUGUUUUCUUUCAAGUACUAGGAAGUGCAUCUUAAGGAAAUGUGACAAAGGUUCAACAUUUGUAUUUAUUCGCUGAAUUGCAUAAAAAGUCAUGGCUGUUUGUAAAGUUGUAAAGAGUGUACAUCAUUGUCGAAACAAAAUUAAAUGUUAAAAUGACA